AGCUCCCUGACAGGGAGUCAGAGGGACCCACAGCCCACCCUGCUGUACACGCCCAGCAGAUGAUAAAGUUUUGACAUUUAUCUAAAUGUAAUUUCACGUUUUCAAAUAUCCGUUUGAACAAAGAAAAAAAAAAAAGUGGCAUUUCAUCGGGAUUUUCUUGGAGCUUCAAUUGCUGCAUUCAAGGAGCUUGCACAGCUCUUCCUGUCUCAGUGACCAUGGGGAUCAAAGCUGCUCUUCCCAGGUAUGAGGUCUACUUCUACAACACCGUGCUGGGUCUGGCCAUGUUCUGGGCUGCUAGCUGGAUCUUUGAGGUGUCCAGUUCCAGCGCCAACAGAAAGACGUUUAAAACCAGCGUGAAGCCAGGAUGGUACUACUUUGGGAGGAAGAUGGAUACGGCUGAUUCAGAGUGGAUGAUGUGGUUCUCCACCUACAGAGAUCACAUCCUGUUUGCUCUCUCGGGUCACGUGCUCUUCGCUAAGAUCUGCUCAAUGCUGGCUCCGCAGUACAGGUCGUUGGUGUACAUGGUGUACGGGCUGCUGGCUGUGUGGACCAGUAUGGGCUGGACCUACGUUACCCUCAUGCUGUCUCACUGUAUCCUGCUCUACAGCAUCUCCUUAGUGAAAAUACGCUGGCUUUGCUUCGUAACAGGUCUUUGCACACUCGCUACGUUCAAGUGUGAACCCUUCGUGUCCUGGCAGGCGGGUUUUGUGGAUGGGGACUUCGAGCUGCGUCAUGUUCUCUACUAUGGAGGGUGUGGCUUCACCAUAAUGCGCUGUAUGAGCUUUGCUCUGGAGAACUGCGAGAGGAAAGAUGGAAACUACAACAUCCUGGAGCUGCUCAAGUACAACUUCUACCUCCCCUUCUUCUAUUUUGGACCCAUCAUGACCUUCGACAAGUUUUAUGUUCAAGCCAACAAGUCUGACCUGACCAGGAAAGAGCGGGAGAUGUGGAACAUCAAUCUUCAGUGCUUGAUUUAUCUGGGAGUCAUCCUUGUAGUGGACGUCCUCUUCCACUUCAUGUACAUCCUCACCAUCCCCUCUGACAUGAAGCUUCUGAAGCACGUCUCCGACUGGGCUCUGGUGGGCCUGGCUUACUUUAACCUGGUGUAUGACUGGGUGAAAGCAGCCGUCAUGUUUGGAGUCAUUAACACCAUAUCCAGAUUGGAUCAUCUGGACCCUCCAAAGCCACCAAAAUGCAUCACUCUGCUCUACGUGUUUGCCGAGACUCAUUUUGACAGAGGGAUCAACGAGUGGUUGUGCAAGUAUGUGUACGAUUACCUGGGUGGAAAACAUGAGAAUGUGGUGGAGGAGCUGAUUGCGACACUGUGCACCUUCGGAGUCACCAUCGUGUGGCUGGGACCCUGCAAGGUGGUGCUCAUCUGGGCUUUCUUCAACUGUUUCGGCCUCAACUUUGAGCUGUGGGCUGCCAAGGUCUUCUCCAUGGAGCCCUUUGCUUCUUUUGAGAUGGCGAUGUCGGAAGCAAUGUCCAGACGUAUCAGAGCCAUUUUUAAUACCUUCAACUUCUGGUGCAUUGUUCUCUACAACAUCCUGGCAUUGAACAAUUUGGACUUUGCCAAGUUGGUCGCCAAACGUCUGCUUCUCAAAGGCUUUCCUUUUACCACCAUCAUCGCCAUGUUUGUGACCUACUGCCUGAUUCAAGUGAUCAAGGAGAGAGAGAGGAGACAGGCCCUUAUCGAUGACCCUGAUCCUCUUCCUCCAACGGCCGCCACGAGCGCUGCAGCUACGACUGCAACCCCCUCUGCCGCUCAGCCAGCAGCAGAUCCCAGCAAGGAAAAGGCCGAGUAGAGACUUAACGUUCACUUCUCCAUGCUUAUAAUGAAGGACGUUAACGGCCAGCAGCGUUAUCUCCAGUCCAGAUUUUAUAACAUGAAAUAUGAAACGCUGAAGUAUAAAAACAGCAUAAACUGUAAAUACCUUUAACAUCAUUUUACUGCGUUUAUACCUAAAGUGGAGAAAUCGAACUAAAUCCCACUUUUGCUUAACAAUAACAGUAUAUUUAUGUAUAUUACAACUGUAUUCUGUUCAGCAGUCACUGGAAAUGAGUUAAAGUAUCAUUUACUCUGUCAAACCUUUUAGAGAAGAAAAACUAACUACAGGUUUUGGAAAACAUUUCAAUAAAGCAAAAAUUAAACGGAAAA